UCUUCACAUUAUUUAUUUAGGAUAAAAUACCAUCGUCAUGGCUCUACUUCGUUUUUAAAAUGCUCUUAAAGAAAACUCGGGAGAGAAAGUCGUUAUUACCCAACAUUUAAACUCAAAGGAAUGACAUCAUGAGCAGUCAUCAUUGGCAUUUUCUUCUGGAACAUGCGCCUCUAACAAUGUCCCCUUGUGUUGUCAUUUGCGGCAUAACUAUCAGCGUGUGAGUAUUAAGUAUGCAGCACGACACACUGCAGCCCUCCUACGCUCGUCGACACGAGCGAUGCACAAACAAGCUGGCCAGUCAUAAGAGAAGAGUGAAAGACUGUGAAGACACUGACAUUUCACACCAUCAAAAUCGAUUACUGCGUUGAAGAAUUGAACUCAUUGGGGAGGCUUAUGACAAUCACACAUCGAUCGAGGAUUUCUUCAUACCAAGGCUUCUGGGGGAGUUUUGUAUAAACGUUCUUUCAAAGUGAGACCUUUGGCUUUUUUCAAGCAAACAUGGCGUCGACGACUCUUCAGCUGCUGGGCUUGGUUUUAGCGGUGCUAGGCUGGGUGUGUGGGUUAUUGGUGUGCGCCGCCCCUCUGUGGCGCGUGUCCGCCUUUGUGGGUGGGGAGCUGGUGAUCGCCCAGGUGAUGUGGGAAGGACUGUGGAUGAACUGCCUGUCUCAGACCACAGGUCAGAUCCAGUGUAAGACGUACGACUCCACACUGGCGCUGCCCACGUCCACUCAAGCCGCCCGCAGCCUCAUUGUCCUCUCUUUGCUCCUCUGUAUUCUGGCCCUCCUACUUGGGGUGAUGGGGGCCAAGUGCACCCACUGCCUGGGUGACACCAACCAAGCCUCCAAGGCUCGGCUGAGCAGGCUGGCAGGGGCGCUCUUCAUUGUGGCUGGUUUGGCCUUUUUGAUACCCAUCUCUUGGACUGCCUUUGCAGUAAUCAGGGACUUUUACGAUCUGAACGUUGCGGCACCUCUAAAGAGAGAGCUGGGACCGGCGCUCUAUCUGGGCUGGGUGGCCAGUGUUCUACUACUGCUGGGGGGCGCUCUCCUGCACAUUGGUUCAUCUCCAAAAGGAGGAGGAAUAUUGCCUAUUGGAAGAGCGGCAAAAGACAACCCACAUUCAGGGGUAGCGGGAGAAGCAAAGCCACAAGAAAAAGCUUUUGUGUAAGAUGUGUUGCAUUUUGUUGGACCGAUCAACUGAUUGCAUUGUUUUAGUCAUGGGUUUAAGUGAAAUACAACAUUUGUUUAACGUAAACAGCUAAUAAAUCAAAUUGGGAAAAAGAAAACGAGAUUUAUUCAUGGAUGUUUUUAUUUGAGUGACUGGCUGGGGCUGUUAAAUGCUGUGAUGUUUACUAAUGUCUGUAGCAUAGAUUUGUCAAAUUUCACUCGGCCUCUGUAUAUGUGCGUGUGUGUGUGUGUAAGUGGGUGGUAAGCACACAGAGAGUUGUUGUAUACUGUCAGUGUAAGUGUGCCUUUCGGUAUGUAUAUGCGUAUGCAUGUCUGAGAGUGAGCGAGACAAUACUGGUUUUCUUUAUUUGUAAUUAAAAAAAAAUAUUCUGGCAGAGUAGUUGAGUUGUCAAGAUUAUUUCAAAUGAUAUUUUACACUCAUUUUCUAUUUGUAUUUUUUUUAAUUUUUCUUUAAUUCUUUUUUGUCUGUUUAUUACCAUUAUGAACAUCAUUAAAGUGUUAUUUACAACUAUACUUUUACAAACCUGUAUUUGUUUCACAGAAACAUUAUUUCAGGGUUGCUAUUAAGUUUAAUAACAUAUUUAUGGUUGACAUAAAUAAUCUAACACAAAAUAAUGUUAUACUAAAGGAACUGUUGCAUUGUUUUUCAAUUCAACAAAGCAAAUGUUUUUCUUUUCAUUACAACACACUAGUGUUGAGCUAUCGGUGUGACCGGUAUACAUAAAAGUACACAGAUAUGUAUUUUGCAAUUUCAGUGUGUUUUUUCAUUUGGUAUUUAUAUAUCGAGGAUUCCACAAAUAAACGCAAAGUUGUGUGA